AUGGCGUCGCACGGGGAAGAUAGAGGUACCUCUCUGUCUGUUACUUCUGGGGACCAAGGAGAGAGAAAAAACGCGACAGUGUCGUUUGGAUUUUCUAAAACAGUUAGUAAAUUUAAACCUUCGACUGGCGACGCUUUGAUCAAGAAGGAUGACAGAGAUUACUUGACCGGGAUUGACAGAAAUGAAUUACAAAGCUCAAAACCAUCAGAGAAGCCCAAAGAGCUCAUCAUCCCUCUGAUCCAGAAGAACCGCUGGCACAAACCGGACCGAGCGGGCCAGAGCGAGGGAAGUGGAGGCAAAACACAAGAAGCGAUCCAAGACAGCGACUCUGUGGAUUCUCAGGCUGUCAAAGAACUCAUUGAAGACUCCCGGAGGCAGCUUGAGCAGUGGCAGAAUGGCCCGCAGUCAGAAAGAAACCUGAACCUCAACAUCCCUCUGUUGAUGCAAAACAAAGUGCCCGAUGGCUUUGAGGAUGGAGAUCGCGUCAGGGUGGAUCUACGGCCUGAAUCUUCAACAGAGGCAGAUUAUGAGAGCGUUCCUGUGGAGGCUUAUGGACUCGCCAUGCUUAAAGGCAUGGGCUGGAAGAAAACAGAAGGCAUUGGGCGCACAUUUAAACAAGACGUGAAGCCAAUCGAACACCAGCUCCGUCCAAAAGGUUUGGGUCUUGGAGCCGAUCGUUCAGCAAUAAAGGACCUGGAGCCCAGCAAACAUCAGCGUCCCCCCAAGCCAGGCGAGGAGCGAGCGAAGGAAGAGGAACUCGUGAUGGGUCCAGGCGGCUGUGUACUGGUGGAGUCUGGGGCCCAUAAAGACUUGUAUGGCAAGAUUGAAGGUGUCGAUCCAGACAACGCUCGAGUUAUGGUGAAGCUGGCUAUUGGCAGCAAGACUGUGACAGUGAGCCAGUACGCUGUUAAACUCGUUGGGCGCAAAGAAUAUGACAAAUACAGCAAAGACCUCAGUCGCCUCAGCAAAGCCCACAAAGACAAGGAGAAGGAGAAGGAGAAGGAGAAGGAGAGGGAGCAACAGAAACGGGAGGAGAGAAACAGAAGUAAUGGUGAUGAGGCAAAACACAAGUCUUCAGAAAGAGAUGAGAGGAAGAGGAAACACAGAGAAUCCAGUCAAGACAGAGAGAAGCCUCCAGUGAAAGAGGCACGGCGACCACCGGCUCCCCCCUCCUGGCUCCAGAGGGACUUGAAAGUUCGCUUUAUAGACAAAGCUUUCAAAGGGGGCAGAUACUACAACUCAAAGAUGCGUGUGGAGGAUGUCCUGACACCGACUACCUGUGUGUGUCGAACUGAGGAGGGAAGACUGUUAGACGAUGUGAAGCAGGACAUGCUGGAAACCAUUGUUCCCAAAAGUGAAUAUGAUUCUAUAAUGGUCGUUCUGGGUGAGCAGAGAGGACAGGUCGGCCGUAUUCUCCAGCGGGACAAGAACAAGUGCAGAGCGAUGGUCCAGCUCGACCGACAUGAGGAGAAAGUGUUCACACUGGACUAUGACUGUAUUUGUCACUAUCUGGGAGCAGUAGACCACUGAUCCACAUCUAUCCAGAUACCAUCCCAACUUAAAUGUUGUUUUUUUUAAUACUCAAAAAUAAUGGAUGUCUUAAGAUUUGAAAGCAUUUUGUAAUAAAACAUUGUCAAGAAUUUUAUAUGUACGGAUGUUGUUAUAAGGUCUACCACCAUGCCAUAAAGAAAAGUUGAGUCAUUUUCACAGUAAAUUCUACAUUUAUUAGCAAAUGAUGUCCACUAAAGGCCCGAGUAACAACAAGAACGUCAAUCUUUAGGUCAUAUAAAAACAUAUUUACAACUGCUCUACACGUUUGAUGGAGUCUGAAUGCACUGAUGGUGUAAAAGCCCAGCGCUCAAAUUUCUGACAAGUAUACACAUUUCAGAAUGAACGGAAAACUUAAAGCGAUGUCAGGCUGUACCGGCAGAUGUUAAGAUGCGAGCAAUGGGAAGACAAACUACGCAGCUGUGUCUUUGCUGGUUCCCCGGAGAUCGGUUUACUCUUUGGGUAUUUGGUUUGCUGCGUUAGCCCGAAGCACGGCUCCAGGACUGGGGUACGGCCGCUGCUGGAACAGAGGCCCCGCUGCUGUGGUGUCCGCACCCGUCUUUGCUUCAUUACGCUUGGGCAAACCGCUUGACCAUGUGCCCCUGUAAAGAUACAUACGUUUGUUUUAAUAGUUUGGCUUUAUGCAUUCAGCUAAUACCUGAAAGGGACACUCCAGACAAGUCAAGUCUGAAAAAACAACCCUGAUGAUGUCAUCAGGGUUAUCUCAACCUGGUCUUAGGGUCUACUUAUUUAUUACAGAAAACCUGCAUUACAAGAGUUGUGGAGUUUAAAUUAGGUGGUUGUUCACCAGGCAGGGAGGGUUGCAUGACACCAGUAUUCUGACAAAUACUGGUGUCAGGAGUCCAGUGGAAGAAAAAAGGGUUGGCAUUCAUAUUUCACUUAUAUCUUCUAUAAUAGAGUAUCAGUGUGUUUUCUUGCCAGGAGAAAAUAGAACCAACGGCUAUACUGUCACUGCAGGUCGCUCUGAACAUCCAAAUUAAUUAACAUGGUCAAUGAAAGAAAGCGGGCAGCCAUUCCGCCUCCUGCUUUGUCCCUGCUGUAAUGCUUUGAUUUUGCUCUGGGCUUGUUUUUAGUCCAUCUCUUACAAGUCUCCCAACUUUAUGGACGUGUGAUACUACAUUUCUGGAGCACUCUUAAAGAAAGGACAAGGGCUUGUUGAUGAUCAUGAUUAUAAAUAUUGUACCUUGGGGCAUCAGAAUAAGCACUUGGAUCCAUGGGGUCCAUCUCAUCAUCUUUUCUCCCUGAAAGGAAAAUAAAAAUGUAACAUACAUCCAUGGGAAAAGCAUGUAUUGUAUCGUAUGAUACAGAUGUAAACAUUACCUCUUUUGUUCUUAUUGUACGGUGCUAUGUCAUCUCUCCGCUGCUUUCGUCUGUCUCUGUCCCUCCCAUCAUCCCUGUCUCUGUCUCUUUCCCGUUCCCGUUCCCGAUCUUUGUCUCUUUCCCGCUCUCGCUCUCUGUCUGGCUUCUCAAACUGCCUCUCAAUU